UCGUGCUCAAUUUUCAAUCGGCACCUGAAACUCACUCUGAGAAGUCCAAAACGACGUCGUAGCGCGGAGGAGGAAACCCUAGCAAUGGCGGCGGAGGGAACGACGAAGAAGAUGAUAGCGACGCAGGAGGAGAUGGUGGAGAACAAGGUGCCGAUAGCGUAUCGGGACCAGUGCGCGCACUUGCUGAUUCCUCUGAACAAGUGCCGGCAGGCGGAGAUGUACCUGCCGUGGAAGUGCGGGGGCGAGCGCCACGUGUACGAGAAGUGCGAGUACGAGCUCGUCAUGGAGCGGAUGCUUCUGAUGCAGAAGAUCAAAGAGAAGGAGGCUCAGAGCCACAAGGCCCAGAUUCCGCAGGGCCAGCCCGCCGCCCUCCCUCUCAUUCCCAAGACCGCCAAUGCCUAAGGGAAGCUUAAAUUCGUGAGGUGUGGAUAAUUUGAUGCUUUUCACCGCUAAUGAUAAUGAAUUUCCUGGAACUGUACUGAGAGAAUUGUUAUAGACUGUCCUUUUCUUUUCCCAGUUGUGCAACCAGUUUCAACAUAUUGAAUAAAUUAAAUUCCU